AGGUAUCGGGGCUGCCAGGUGCCAGAGGCGGCCCCCAAGGAUCGUGACGCUAGCUUUGCAGCUCUUGCGGCCUUCUAACCGUGCCUCACGGGCCUGGGAAACGGCCUUCCCCCUGCCCGCCCCCGCCCUCUCCGCUCGGGCGCACACCUCCCUCCCUGACGCAUUUUGCCGCACAAGCUGUAAUAUGGCGGCAGCGAUGGUGGCCUGAACUCUAGGGAGCCGGGGUGAUUUUGAUGCUUCAAAAUCGCGCAAAAAGAUUGGAUCAGCUUGUCCUUGAUUUUUCUCUAUUUAAAGAUUGAAGUACUGAAGCCAUGGGAAUAAAGGUUCAGCGUCCUCGAUGUUUUUUUGACAUCGCCAUUAAUAAUCAACCUGCUGGAAGAGUUGUCUUUGAAUUAUUUUCUGAUGUGUGCCCCAAAACAUGCGAGAACUUUCGUUGUCUUUGUACAGGUGAAAAGGGGACAGGGAAAUCAACUCAGAAGCCAUUACAUUAUAAAAGUUGUCUCUUUCACAGAGUUGUCAAAGAUUUUAUGGUUCAAGGUGGUGACUUCAGUGAAGGAAAUGGACGAGGAGGGGAAUCCAUUUAUGGAGGAUUUUUUGAAGAUGAGAGUUUUGCUGUUAAACACAACAAAGAAUUUCUCUUGUCAAUGGCCAACAGAGGGAAGGAUACAAAUGGCUCACAGUUCUUCAUAACAACAAAACCAACUCCUCAUUUAGAUGGGCAUCAUGUUGUUUUUGGGCAAGUGAUUUCUGGUCAAGAAGUUGUGAGAGAGAUAGAAAACCAGAAAACAGAUGCAGCUAGCAAACCAUUUGCUGAGGUGCGGAUACUCAGUUGUGGAGAGCUAAUUCCCAAAUCUAAAGCUAGGAAAGAAGAAAAGAAAAGGCAUAAAUCCUCCUCCUCCUCCUCCUCAUCAUCCAGUGACUCAGAUAGUUCAAGCGAUUCUCAGUCCUCUUCUGAUUCUUCUGAUUCUGAAAGUGCUUCUGAAGAGAAAUCAAAAAAAAGAAAGAAGAAACAUAGGAAAAAUUCUCGUAAACACAAGAAAGAAAAGAAGAAGCGAAAGAAAAGCAAGAAAAGCGCAUCUAGUGAAAGUGAGGCUGAAAAUCUUGAAGCACAACCCCAGUCUACUGUUCGUCCAGAAGAAAUCCCUCCAAUACCUGAAAAUAGAUUCCUAAUGAGAAAAAGUCCUCCUAAAGCUGAUGAAAAAGAAAGGAAGAACAGGGAGAGAGAGAGAGAGUGUAAUCUACUUAACUCCCAGCCUGCUUCAUACCAGAGGCGACUUUUAGUUACUAGGUCUGGCAGGAAAAUUAAAGGAAGAGGACCAAGGCGUUAUCGAACUCCUUCUAGAUCCAGAUCCAGGGAUCGUUUCAGACGUAGUGAGACUCCUCCACAUUGGAGGCAGGAGAUGCAGAGAGCUCAAAGAAUGAGGGUAUCAAGUGGUGAAAGAUGGAUCAAAGGCGAUAAGAGUGAGUUAAAUGAAAUAAAAGAAAAUCAAAGAAGCCCAGUUAGAGUAAAAGAGAAAAAAAUAACUGAUCAUAGGCAUGUUUCUGAGAGUCCAAACAGAAAAAGUGAAAAGGAAAAGAAAGUUAAAGAUCAUAAAUCUAACAGCAAAGAGAGAGACAUCAGAAGAAAUUCAGAAAAAGAUGAUAAAUAUAAAAACAAGGUAAAGAAAAGGGCCAAAUCGAAAAGUAGGAGUAAGAGCAAAGAGAAAUCCAAGAGUAAGGAAAGAGAUACAAAGCAUAAUAGACAUGAAGAAAAGAGGAUGAGGUCAAGGAGUAAAGAAAGGGAUCAUGAGAAUGUUAAAGAAAAAGAAAAGUCUGAUUCUAAAGGAAAAGAUCAGGAAAGGAGUAGAAGUAAAGAGAAGUCUAAACAGUUAGAAUCCAAAAGCAAUGAGCAUGAUCAUAAUAAAAGUAAGGACAAGGACAGACGUGCACAGUCUAGGAGUAGAGAACGCGAUGUAACUAAAGGCAAACACAGUUACAAUAGUAGAACAAGGGAACGAAGCAGAAGUAGGGACAGGAGCAGAAGAGUGCGGUCUAGAAGCCAUGACCGAGAUCGCAGCAGAAGCAAGGAGUAUCACAGAUACAGAGAACAGGAGUACAGGAGAAGAGGAAGGUCACGGAGCCGAGACAGAAGAGCAACGCCAGGAAGAUCAAGAAGUAAAGACAGGAGGAGAAGGAGGAGAGAUUCACGGAGCUCAGAGAGAGAAGAAAGUCAAAGCAGAAACAAAGAAAAAUACAGAAACCAAGAAAGUAAAAGUUCACACAGAAAAGAGAAUUCUGAGGGUGAGAAGAGAAUGUACUCUAAAAAUCGUGAUCAUAGUAGCUCAAAUAGUAACAGGGAAAAAAAGGCUGAUAGAGAUCAAAGUCCAUUCUCAAAAAUGAAACAAAGUAGUCAGGACAAUGAAUUAAAGUUCUCAACUUUGAAAAAUAAGGAGGAUGAGAAGACCAGAUCCUCAGUGGAAAAAGAAAACCAAAAAUCAAAGGGUCAAGAAAAUGACCACACACAUGAUAAAAAUAAAAAAUUUGAUCAUGAAUCAAGCCCUGGAACAGAUGAAGACAAAAGUGGAUGAAUGAGGUAUAUAAACUUAUUUCCAUUCUGUCUCAAAUUUUAAGUUUUAGAGACUUGCUGAUGAAUCCCCUUUAUGUUGUUUUCUUUUCAUUGUUUUGGGUUUAUGUUUGUCCUUUUUUUUUUUUUUUCCAAUGUGGACUUUAUUGAGUCGAUCUUUUGAUAAUCUGCAACCUGGAUAAUUUGUACUGCAAAAGUUUUAAUAAACUUGAAAUGAGAAAAACACUUUGGUGUAAUACUGUGUGCUGUGUUUAACUAUUUCAUGUAUGCAUUUUUGUGUUGCAACAAUCAGCCAGUAGCAAACAUGCUUUUCUACACCCUGAUUUGUGUGAUCGGCCAGUUGGAAACAAACAUAACUGAUUGUUGGAAUACAUUGUUACAAAAGCUUGUGUUUCUCAUGAUUAAAGUAACCUUAGAAGCCACUAGGUAGACGAAAUCUUGUGUAGAUUUUUCUAUAGCAUUUAUAACAGAGGCUUGCAGCAGCAGCUUUUAAUUACACAGAAGUGGGACCCUAAUAACUUGAGAUAUUAAGUCAUUACUUUUGAUUUCAUAGUAAUUUGUGCUUUAAAAUAGAUAUUUAUAUUGCACUUCAUGUUACUCUUUAUAUUUCUACCGGUAGCUUGUUUCAUAUUAAUAUUUUUCCUCUUUAGUUUUGUUUUACUUCACUGUCUAUAAAUAUAGUUGAGUAUUUUUUUUCAGUUGAUGUACUGAUUGGGCUUGGCUUGCUGUUACACAGCAUCUGACAAGAACUGUACCUUGAAGAUCAGGUUGUAAUUCUCAAUUCUGUGUUGCUGUUGGUCUGAAGAGAUGAAACUUGCUUUGGGGGAAUGUUUUAUUAUUAUUACCAUUACCCUUCUCUAAAAUGAAAAAAAUAGUUUUCUCACUAAAACAUACCACUUGUGCAGGUCUUUAUGUUAGACAGAUUCUAAAAAUUGUUAGUAUUGACACAUUAACUUAGAUUUCUCUUUUUGGCCACUGACCUAUAUAGAGUUGAGUAUUAAUGUUGCAUUUUUUUUUUUUUUUAACUUGAACUGACUUCUCUAACUCUCAUAACUGUGAGCUUCAACUGGCAAGAAAAUGCAUCUUUUUUUAUCUAUGUAUCACAGUAGGCUGUAGCAUGUUUAUGACUCUGGUUUCUUCUAUUCAGGGGGCUUUAUACCGUAACUGUUAAUCAUUAUUUUAACUUGGCAUGUAUAGCAUUGCCACAUAGAGUAGAAAGUAGCAAAAUUUGAUAGCUUAUAGUGUGAAACACUAAAGAUAUCCAAAGUCCGUUUAGAAUUUUGUGUGUGGUAUAUUGCUAUUUUAGUGAUGUGUGGCCUUUUAUUCUGUAAUUUCUCUUCUAAAUAAAAUGUUGAACAUACAGUAAACACAAAACCUGCCUCAUUUGAAAAGAAAUUUCAGAAUUCCAAUUAGUAGUUGCCUCUAGAGUGCUUUUGUACUUUACUAUUUGUCAGUAGUGUCAAAUACCUACUCUGUUACCAAGGUAGCUCCUUCGUAAACCCAGUAGCUACUCAAUGUUAUUUGUACUGAGCAAAGCAAUGCUUAUUAGCAUAGUACUUCCGUUAUUGAUUAAAACAGUAAUGAUACAUUUGGCAUUGUGGUAGCCAUUUAUAUAACAAAUAGGGUAAUGAUUGUUUGCAAUAUCUUGAAACAAACAUCUGUAGCAGAGUCUUACCAAAUUUUUUUCCUGAUGGUAAAAGUAAUAGAUGUUUAUGAUAAUCCAGGGUGGUUGAUUCCUUAGAGACUUUGACCACAAACCUUAGAGAUAAUUGAGUCUUGAGUCCCCAAGCUGUAUAAUGUUAAUAUAUUUUAAAUUAGUUAUUGUUUGUCUUAAAUUCAGUAAACUGCAUUUAAAAAGUCUUUGUUAAACUAUUUGAGCUUCAAGAAAGGUGCUGUUUAAGAAAGGAUUUCUAAUAAUUAUAUUUUAAAAAAAAAAAAACAUGCUAAGUAAAAA